GGUGGGAGCCCCGGCCAACUCGCUCUGCCAUUGGCGGGGGCUUUGUGGGGUCGCGACCCGGAAGCGGAUCGGCCAUGUUGCCGGGUGACCCCGGGAGCGGCGGCGGGAGGGAGGCGGCGGCGCGGUUCGCGUCCGCCGGAGGGCAGCGGCUGCAUUGAGGGGCCCACAGCGCACCCCUUCCCUUCCCCGGCCCGGUCCUUCCCGGUCUGCCGCCCGCCCGCUCACCCGUCUCCCAUGGCCGCCUGGUCCCGCGAGGCUGUCCUGACCCUCUACCGGGCUCUGCUGCGCCAGGGCCGCGGGCUGCGCUACACUGACCGGGAUUUCUACCUCGCUUCCAUCCGCCGCGAGUUCCGCAGGAACCAAGGGCUGCAGCGGCUGGAAGACAAGGAGAGGCAGUUGGAGAAGGGGCAAGUUUUCCUGCAGAGCAAACUCGGAGGCCUGGUUUAAACA